GGACGUAAAAAGGAUCUAUGGUUAUUAUGAGGCAUCAAAGAGAGAAGGUAUAAUAAGAGGGAAACAACAGGUAUUGAUCAGCACAGUGGAUACUGGUUUGACUGGUUUGAGAGAACACAGCUGGUGUUGACCCACAGCACCUGUCCUGGAUCGAGAUGGCUCACAUGAAAAGGUUCCAAGGUAUUCCAAUGUCCAAGGUACGUCAGUCAAUGAGAGGUUUGUGUAAAGAAGAAGACUAUGUUUUUCUGGGAGUGUCAGAGAGGACGACAAAAGUAACGGCAGAAGGAGCUGGAGCUUUUGAGGAUGACUGGAGAGACAAAAAGGAGGAAAGGGUCCGUCGGCAGCUGGAGAGGGAGCAGCUGGAAAAACAGAGACUCCAAGAAAUAGAGGAGAGCAAGAAGGAGAGAGAGCAGCAGUGGCGGACUCAUAUAGAAAAGCUGACCUCCAGCCAGGAGAAGACUCUGCAAAACAGACUGGCAAGACUCAGGAGAUUCAGGGAGUUCCAGAGGAAAGUGCUGGUAGAGGAGUCAGGAAUGGAGGGCGGCGGGGCCAGCCUUACAGUCAACCAGCUGCUCACCAGGAUGUAGAUGCACUGCACGAGAGACUGACUCAUGAUAAAUGGGUUGUUUGCUGC